UUGGGGUGGAUUUUCUUUUUGAGUUGGAUUUGCAAUGGGGAAGCAUAGUGGAAAGAACAAGAAGUAAACAGGGCAAACAGGUGAUAACAAUAUGAAGCAAAACAAAGUUGGGGGAAAUAGUUCGAAAUCGUAUGAUUCGGACACGGCGGUUUUCAUCGCCAUGUCUCGAGAACUUAAGGAAGAGGGAAACAAACUGUUUCGGAAAGGGGACCUUGAAGGAGCAAUGGUGAUAUAUGAGAAGGCUCUCAAAUUGCUUCCAAAGAAUCACAUAGAUGUGUGCCAUCUUAGGACCAAUAUUGCUGCAUGUUAUAUGCAGAUGGGAUUGAGUGAGUACCCCAAAGCAGUCCUUGAGCUUAAUUUGGCCCUAGAGGUCACACCGAAGUAUAGUAAAGCACUCGUAAAGAGAGCUCGGUGUUACGAGUCUUUGAAUAGGCCGGAUUUAGCUUUCAGAGAUGUUAAUGCAGUUCUUAACAUGGAGCCUAAUAAUACCAUGGCAUUAGAGAUUUCACAAAGGGUAAGAAGUUCACUUGAGAAACAAGGUUUACUGGUUGAAUUACCUCUGGAAUCCAUUGAACCUCAAAGUGCUUCACAAGCUCUGAAAGUUGUCAAAGAGAAAACCAAGAACAAGAAGAGGAUCAAUGAAGCUCAAGAAUAUGUUGAACCACCAAGUGCUUCCCAAACAUCGAAAGUUGUCAAAGCGAAAACCAAGAAGAAGAAGAAAAUCAGUGAAGCUCAAGCUGAUAAGGUUGUUGAUCGAAUUGAGGAGAAGAAAGUUGAUGAAAAUGUAGAGGAAAAGAAGGCUGAGGAUAAACAGGUCGUGGAGGAGAAAAUUAGCAGUAAAAUGGAAGAACCAAAGAAGAGUGUCAAGUUGAUUAUGGGUGAAGAUAUAAUAUGGGCUCAGUUGCCACCUAACUGCAGCCUUGUGCAACUAAGGGAAGUAAUUUACAAUCGAUUUCCUAGCUCGAGAGCAAUUCUUGUCAAAUACAGAGAUGAAGAAGGUGAUUUAGUCACAAUCACUAGUGAUGAAGAGUUGAGAUUGGCUGAAAUAGCAGCAGAAUCACAAGGUUCUCUGAGGCUGUAUGUUGUAGAAGUUGAUUCCAAGCAGGAUCCGUUCUUCGAGAGAUUUAAGCGUGAAAAUGGUGAUGCUAGAAAGGUUAUGGAAAACAGGGAAGACUCGUGUUGCAUCGAUGACUGGAUAAUUGAGUUUGCUCAACUAUUCAGGAACUAUGUUGGCUUGGAUUUAGAUACAUACUUAAAUCUUCAUGAACUUGGUACGAAGCAAUAUUCUGAGGCCAUGGAGGACACAGUUACAAGUGACGAGGCCCAGAACCUUUUCGACAUGGCAGCUCAGAAAUUCCAAGAGAUGGCAGCAUUAGCAUUGUUCGACUGGGGGAAUGUUCACAUGUCCAGAGCUAGGAAGAGGGUCUAUGUCAGCGAAGAUGGUUCGAGAGAAUCCAUACUUGAGCAGAUCAAAACUACCUAUGAUUAUGCACAAUUAGAAUACAGCAAAGCUGGUAAGAGAUAUGAGGAAGCACUGAGAACCAAACCAGAUUUCUAUGAAGCUCAUCUAGCUCUCGGGCAACAACAGUUUGAGCAGGCAAAACUUUCUUGGUAUUACGCAAUUACAAAUAAUGUUGAUCGGGAGACAUGGCCUUCUGAGAAUGUCUUGCACCUCUAUAACAAUGCCGAGGAAAAUAUGGAGAGGGGUAUGCAGAUGUGGGAGGAGUUAGAACGGCAGCGCCUGCAUGAGCUUUCCGAUUCGAACAAUGAACAAAUUCAGUUGAAGAAAAUAGGAUCGAAUGGUUUUCUCAAAGAUAUAUCAGCAGAUGAAGCUGCAGAGCAGACAAUCAACAUGAGUGCUAUGAUAAAUCUGUUAUGGGGUACUAUACUUUAUGAACGUUCAAUCAUGGAAUUCAAACUAGGUCUCCCUGUCUGGCAUGAAUGUUUGGAGGUUGCCAUUGAGAAGUUUGAACAUGCUGGAGUUUCUCCCACAGAUAUAGCUGUUAUGGUAAAGAACCAUUGUUCAAAUAAUGUUGUGCUGGAAGGCUUGGGGUUUAAGAUCGACGAGAUAAUACAGGCAUGGAAUGAGAUGUAUGAAGCUAAAAGGUGGAAUAGCAAGAUUCAGUCACACCGACUAGAACCAUUACUUCGACGUCGGGUUUCAAAUAUUUAUCAUGUAUUGGAGCAUGCAUGAGUUGCAUGUUGUUUCGAGUGGGAUUUCCUGGGUACCAGUUGAUCGCAAGACACAUCUUAGUACUUGGUAGCAUUUGAAUCGAGAUAUGCAGUACUGCAUUACAGAAAUAGGUUUUUUUAUGCUAGUCUUUUAUAUCAAGCAUCAAACUUGGAGUUUCAGAUUCAAAGGAAACUAUUGAAUUCCUGAAGGAUGUGUGAUUCCCAUUUUAUAGAAAUAGGUUACAAGUAUAUGUUUGGAGAUGUCACGGAGCAGCAGGAAUCUCAUUUUUUUUCUGUUGGUUUCUGCUUUGGUCUUCAUCAGUUUCCCUCAAAGAAGUGGAAAAUACAUGCUGAAUUCAUACUUAGUUGCAAUAAUUUAUAGAUUGUUUAGUAGAUUGAUUUGUUAACUUCUAGCUGCAUGUUUGUCAUUCUGUUCUUGAAGAUUAGGUUGUGUACUCGGACGGUUUUGUACCCUGUUGAUGAUGACCCUAGUUUUGCUUCUUGUACUAAUAUGUGGUUUUAAGGAUUGUGGUGAAUUUAUAGGUUUUGCUUUUAUUUUACCAUAUUGUAUUUGCACUAGGGAUGGACGGGGAAGGGC